AUUGAUUGGUGGUCGGCAAUCCAAAUCCGGCAUCCGGCAUCCGGCCGACGGUGAGGCGGCCGACGGUGAGGCAGCCAACGGCGAGGCGGCCAACGGCGAGGCGGCCGACAGCGAGGCGGCCGACGGCGAGGCGGCCGACGGCGAGGCGGCCGACGGCGAGGCGGCCGACGGCGAGGCGGCCGACGGCGAGGCGGCCGACGGCGAGGCGGCCGACGGAGAAAAACACCGCGCCACGAAACACCCACAGCAAGAAACUUUGCUCCGAACGUAUGUACGACAUCACUACAUCACGAACGGACACAAAGUGGCACCCACGCAGUGA